CGUCUGACACAGGCUUUUCUAAUGGUGUAGAGGAAGCAGGGUAAACUCCUCGCACAUCCUGCUCUCAGAUACAAAAGGAGAAAGGGAAGGCCUUCGAUAUGAAAGCCACACGCUUCAUGUUUUGGCUCUUCUCCAUGCUACUACCAUCUGUCCAAAGCCAAGCUUCUGAAACAGAAGUCACAUGUAAUUUCAGCAGAAGGAAUUACGCUUUGAUUCCAGAGGGUAUCAGUAACAAUGUUACCAUUCUUGAUCUCAGUUAUAACCAAAUUACUCUGAAUGCUUCAGAUAGCAGGGUGCUACAGAUGUACUCUUUACUCACUGAGCUCUACUUGAUGGAAAAUAACAUCACUGCCUUAUAUAACAGCAGUUUCGGGAAUCUUCUCAACCUAGAAAUUUUAAACAUCUGUGGAAAUUCAAUCAGUAUAAUUCAAACGGGUUCAUUUGUUGGCUUAAAUGAACUAAAACAAUUAUUUCUUUGCCAAAACAAAAUAUUACAACUGAAUCCCGAUACAUUUGUGCCUCUAAAUAACCUGAAAGUUCUGAAUCUGCAAGGCAAUUUGAUAAGCAUCUUUGAUGCACCACAGCUACCUCAUCUGGAGAUACUAACUCUGGAUGGAAAUCCAUGGAACUGUACCUGUGGUCUACUUGAGUUGCAGAACUGGCUGAACACAUCUAAUGUGACAUUAGAAAACGAGAGCAUCACCACGUGUAGCUACCCAGAUGAGCUAAAGCAAUACAGCAUCAAGUCAGCACCCUUCACAACUGAAUGCCACUCUAAAUUUAUUUCUACUAUAACUGAAGAUUUUCAGUCCAUUAGGAAUUCAUCUUUCGAUAGCUCUUCACACAACUUAACACGGACCUCAGAGCAUGAGCCUCUUGGGAAAAGCUGGGCUUUCCUGGUUGGUGUUGUUGCCACUGUACUGCUAACUUCACUGCUCAUCUUCAUUGCUAUCAAGUGUCCAGUAUGGUAUAAUAUUCUGCUGAGUUACAACCAUCAUCGCCUGGAAGAGCAUGAAACAGAAACCUAUGAAAAUGGUCUUACAAGAAACCCGAGUUCUCUUUCACAAAUAACAGAUACAAACUCUGAAGACACCACAGUGAUAUUUGAACAGUUGCAUGCAUUUGUGGUAGAUGAUGAUGGGUUUAUUGAAGACAGAUACAUAGAUAUCAAUGAGGUGCAUGAAGAAAAGUAAUUUUAUUGUGUUGAAAUUCUGAAAAAUACUUUCAGUCUAUUUAUAGCUUAGACAGAGAUUUUUAUUUGGCAAAGAAAACUAUAAACAGCAAACCUUCAUAUUAAUUAGUACCUUAUGUUAAUAUCACAGUUAUUACUUUUUAGUAUAUUUCACAAGGAAGUCUAAAUGCAAUAACUCAUACACUGGUUAGCUAUAAGUUUAAUGAUUUAUCUAUACUACCAGCAUUUACUAGUGUCAGCAGUGUUUGGGAAACUACAGACUGCUAAAAACAAGGCCUAAGGACAAUUAUUUAUCAACUAAAAUGAGCAGAUUCUUUUUUUUUUUUUUUUUUUUUUAUUAGGAACUGGGAACACAGUUGAGACGCAGGGUUUUGCUUAGCAUAAGUGAGUCCCUGGGCACACUCUCCAGUGCAGCAAAACGAAUUUUAACAGAGUUCUGGCCAAGCACAGUGGUCUCUCCACUGUCCCCUCAUCCCCACUUAAAGCAUUUUAAUGUUAUGGGAUGUAAAAGAUGACAUUUGUUCAAAGAGGAUUAUCCCUCUAACUGUCCCCAAGGGCACAGUGUUUUUAAUGUUCUUAGUUAUCUGUGUUUUUUUCCCCUCUGUUACAGAACCAAGGAGUCAGCCUGUCUAAGUACAGGGAGGACAGUUGAACUAAACAAAACCAAGUCUUCGAUGACUGGGCCUCCUUGCUCCUAGAAUCUACACUCAACAAGCAGAAAACACACAUGAUGUUUUACCAAUACAAUCCGCACUACAGCCAAAUGGUAAAGCAUUUUCUAAUGAGCACAAGGCCCUUAGUUUGAGUCNCAACCCUGUGACAAAUAAGCAGACAGCAUAAAAAUGUUGAAAUCAUAGGAAGCAGAGAGGAAAAAGAGGUGACAGGGCAUCUGGAGCAGGGAUUAGGAAGGUGGUGGUGUGAGGACAUAAAAUCCCAGCUGCGUAGGAGGAUGAGCAGGAGNAUGAUCUAUUGCGUCAGAUAGCGACUGGGGUUAGUAACUUAUAGCUGACUGUGGUCCUAGAGGGGCUUCUGUUCCUACUGAAGGAAGCCAAGGCAGACACCAAAGCAGAGUCCAUGGAGGAAUGCUUCUGAUGGCCUGCUCCCCUGAUGACUCGUGUGUCUGUCUGAAAUGAGCAGAUUCUUAUAUUAAAAAAUACACAUGCUGUGAUGUCUUAAAUUAUACUAAAAUUAUAAUCAAUAAAGAAAUACAAAUUUUAGGCUUAUAUUAUCAAAGUGAGGAACAGGCAGCUUUAACUGUAUAAAGUGAUCUUAUGUUCACAAAUGAAUUCACAGAAUUAAAGAAUAUGCUGCCUAAACUUAAAAACAAAAUUUCCUCAAAAAUUUGUAGUAAUUUAAAGCACAAAUACAGUGAUUUGGAAUAAUCCCUACUAAUCACUACUGUAUCUGACAGUGAUUGUUAGGAAGAAUUCCAUAUACAAUUGUCAUGUUUAAUAUUACAAUGGCUCCUAAACUGGGCAUCAUAACAAUUAUGAAUUUUCUUUAGAAGAAAAAAAUAAUUUCUCUAUUUCUUUUGGGAGAUUAUUUUUAAAUUAUUGUGAGCUAGAACUGAGAAUAUUUAAGUAAUCCACACACACCUAUCUCUGUUUAAAUAAACAGAGCAAUGUUUCCCAAAUUGUUUUGUAGAACACUGAUUUUCUACAAUGACACUGACAACCAUUUAUAGAGGAAGAAAAAGGUAACUGGUUAAAUUACUGAAGGAAUCUAAAUCUAAACAUGGUUAAAGAUUUUUUUCCUUUAGUAUUUAUAGAUUUUACUUAGCUCAGGUGUUCUCUGAUAACUCAAGAGUACAGUACUAAGUUUUUGAAGGGCAUCUGCAUAGCAUGUUCAGGUCCCUGGGUUUGUUCGUUUUCUCUCUCUCUCUCUCCUCUCUCUUCUCUCUUCUUUCUCUCUUUCUUUCUCUCUCUCUCUCUCUCUCUCUCUCUCUCUCUCUCUCUUUCUCUGUGUGUGUCUGUGUGUGUGUGUUAUACACAGAAACAUUACAAUUUAUUUGAUAAACAAAGCAUAGUUAAUAGCUCACAGCAUAUUAAUAGAUCAAAAGACACAUAGCCCUAACAUAGGAAGGGUCUUUAUAAAGUGAAAUGUUUACCAACUCUCUUAUAAUAGCUUAGUUGAAAAUAUUAUUUUAACAACUUAGCAGUUUAAAGAGUGGAAUUAAAAACCAGCAAAAUCUGUAUUUUACCAUUGUAUAUGUAGAAAAACUAAGUGUAUUUACUUGCAUCUGUAAAACUACACUUAUGGAUGAAAUAGUAUAACACAUUUUUUUUUGUGAUUUUCUUUGUCUGUACACAUGGGAAGGGAAAGAGUUGAAGAUGGAACAUAGCAAGAAAUGUGACAACAGACCUUGGAACAUGAUACACAAGCAUACAAUUCUCUGGCGUUCAAACUUCUCUUAAUAAAGAUAUUCAAAAGAAUGUACGUGAUACCUUCUUACAAAAGAAGACUAAUAAUGAAGAUUUUUUUCAU